AUUAUUCGUGAGUAAUUCGAGUUUUCGACAUUCCUAUUGUUUAAGUUUUUUAUAAAUAUUUGAAGAAAGAGGUCGAUUAUACCACAUAACGUAGGUUCGUCUGAAAUGAAAAUUGCGCUUUUAAUUUGUUCGAUCGUAGUGGGCUCCACACUCAUUGCGAAUGUGGAUUCAACGCUCCCAUUACUGGGAGCACCUUUGGCUGCACCAUUACUAUUGGGAGGCCAUGUUCUACGAUCACGUGUAAUACCCAGAUUGCAUUUAUUUGAAAACUUCAUGAAAUCAAUACAUACAUAUUUUGGCGAAAGAUUAGAAGGUUUUCAUAGUUUAGUCGAUGGGUUUGGUAUAGGCAUACAAGGAAUUCUGAAUGGAGUGUUCGGUGAUGACUGUGGAAAAUUCCUGGGACCCCUAUCCCAAAUACCGGAGGGAGUAGAUCUUGAACCGCUUCUUGGCGAUAAGUUAAAAUCUAAAGCAGAUGUAUUUGCUAUGUUGAUACCACUGGCGAAGAAAUAUUGCGAAACUGGACAAUGCGAAAAAUUACCAAUAGAUCACCUCCAAGGAAAACCAAUUGCCGGUGGGUUGGGAGGAGAAUUCCAAAAAUCUAUUGAACAAUUUUUCAGCAGCUUCGAACCCCAAACAGUAAGUCGUCUUGACACCUUCCAUUCAAAUGUGGAUGAUUUGAUAAAAUCUCUGCUAGCAAAUGGUAAACAUGGCGAAGUACUCGAACUUUUGUCGAAGUUACCGCCAGAUGUUGAUCCAUCCCUUGUUUUAGGAAAAGAAGGUUGCUCCCACGUUGUAGAUGGAAAAUUGUCUCGUCAAGAUCUGUUACCAAUAUUGGUACAUUUUUCGAAAUCGAAAUGCUCGAAAGGUUGUGGUAAAUCUUGAAAAUGUGAAAUCGAACUCAUCUUAUUCUAAAUAAAAUAGUAGUUAAAUAAAAAUUUCAUGUAGAAAUGUGGAAUUCGAAUAAAACUGGUGGUAAAUUGA